AGGAGUCUUGUUAGGUCAGAAAAAGAGGCGGGACGGGGUGGAGUGAGGAGACCAAGUUACCGACGAACAUGAACGAUCGAUAACGCGAUGAAAUAAUUGAGGAAGAGCUAAUUAAAGUAUAUUGGUGUGAGUGUGUGUGUGUGUGUGUGUGUGUGUGUGUGUGUGUGUGUGUGUGUGUGUGUGUGUGUGUGUGUGUGUGUGUCGCGGGAAGGCCGUGCGUGGCGGCGCGAGCCUGAGCACUGAAGGCCUGGAGGCGUUUCUUGUUCCCUUCGCUGACUCGUCCACUCGGCUAAAGAAUAUUUUCCCUCAGUAGUGAGAGGAGUACAGGCGGGGUGGGGAGGGAGGAGUGGGUCAAGAGCGCGGCGUCAGCAAAGGAUGAACUACGGCGUCAGGAGGGCAGCGGCGGUGUCAGAGGGAGGGAGGACAUCAGGUAUGAUGGCUUAAUUACUGCGUGGGACCGCGGCAGGUGGGGCCCGUCACACCUGGACAAUAUCAAGUUAUCACAACGCGUCCACCUGAAGAGGCUGACGGGACAGAAUGACCCAGCGCGGGGGAAAGGCAGCCUCCUCCCCCCCGCCGCCUCGGACUGAGGUGCGACGCGGGAGCCACCUCGCCUCUCCUGCAGCGGGCCGAGGCAGGGCACAGGUGCGGCGUGUCCGGCUGCGGGAGGCGGUGCAGUGAGGGUCGGAGUGUUACCUUCAGCGCCAUUUGACUCACUAGUGACGGGCAAGUGUCGCCGCGAGGAUGUCGAGUCGCGCAUGUCCCGAGCUGACCGAUUCAGACUCCGCCCAUGACUCCGCCCGCUCCUGAGGUCCUCCCCCGCCCCCUGCGACCUCCUCUCCAAGGCGGAGUUUCGCGUCUGGCCCGGCGCCUUCCCGUCGCCUCCACACGUCCUGGAGGGUUUGCCAAUAUGAUAUCCAACAUUUAUGCUUUCAAGUAUCAUAUGCCAACUCAUAAUUCAUAUCGGGCAGCAAACAAUGCUCUAAAAGAGUAGUGCACCACUUGGCGGACGCUCCGCCUCAAGCCGUGACCCCGCCCUCACCAGGACGGCGCCCCGCCCCCGGCAGCGUGAGCGGGGCGCGGCGGGGUGGUUGAGUGGGGCCGAGCCGGGGCCUCAGAGCAGUGGGAACACCGGCUGCGUACGGUGGUCCUGCUCUUCGCCGCCGCUCACACCCCGCUAGUGUCGGCCAGCGUCGCGCCGCGGACCGUCACCAACAGCCAGUGGGUCGCUGUCACCCAGACAUCUGUCAAGCACGUGUUGACCUGUGACGCCUUGUGUUAGGGAAGUGGUGGCCGCGCCAGUGCGAGUACCUUGUGACGUUUGUGUGUCUCAGAAUAGUAAAGUGCCGCCGACUGAAGCUUCUCGCUGCCGCUAGUCUACUCUAACACCCCGCCGCCAAGACUGACAACCGUCGCAUCCCAGUGGCAGGGGCCGCCCAGAGUGUCGCCGGUGUGUGGGGCCGCGAGGUUUGUGAGUGUUGAGCGGCGGCCCCAAAGAUGUGGCGGCGCCGGGCAGCGGCAGCGGCAGGGGCCCCGGCAAGUGCCUGAGUCGCCUCGCUGUGAUGAUGCCCAGCUCUGAGGGAGAAGUGAAGGCAGCACAAAUAGCGAGCGAGGAACAGCGGGUCACAGCCAGCCGCCUGCAGGAGACGACGAUGGCCCAGGUGGCGCCCGAAGUGGUUAUCGGCAGGUCGCCGGCCAGGAUCAACCCAAAGAGAAAACCCGACAAGUCAAAAAUAUUCAGAAUACGAACAAGUGAGGCGGACGAGCCAUACAUCUGUCCUUACUGCCGCGCCGAGUUGGGGUCCCGUGAGCAGCUGGAAGAGCAUCGGCUGGCGUGUGGUCGCGAGCCGCCCGUACUCCCCGUCCCCGACACCCCUCGCCAGCCGCCCCAUGAUGUCAAUCAUCCAGAUGAGGUACGGCGCCACCAGGAUGUGGCAAACAACAACCAGGCGCACGCCCUCAAGGCCCGAGAGGCGCCCGAACCAGCCACACCCGAGUCCCGCGAGUCCUCGGUGGACCGAAACAAUGGCUACGACAGUGACAGCAACCCCGUGGAGAGCGGCUCCCUGGCGCAGAUCAGACAACUAUUGGCGCAGUCCACCGGCCUCCCACAGGUCGGACCCAUCGCACAGCAGCUGGCGCAGUCCAACUUGGCGCUGGAGGCCAUCCAGAACACCAGGAUGGCCCUGGCGCAAUUCGCCACCAACGCCAUGAACAACACCAACGCGAAUUCUCCCAACAACUCACAAACGAUGCAAGAGUUUGCGCUGUUGCAGGGAACGCUGUAUACGCUGCAGCACCAGCAGAUGAUGCAAUUGCAGCUCAUCCAACAACUGCAGGCGCAGCUCUCCAUUAAGAGCAAAGAAGGAAGCCCUGGCCUGCCAAAUUUUCCGGAGGGAGAGUCAAAGAGCACAAGCGAGUCCACUGAUCGACUGGAGACGCCCUCCUCACCAACACCCACUCCUCGACCCCCGCCGCCCACAACCACUGAGAGCAGCCACAGCAGCAGUUCUUUCAUUAGCACACUCAUGGAAAGAUUCAAGGUCCCGCCCACCAGUGAGCCCAGCAGCACCGAGCGUCCGCCUGUCAGCUCGCCGCUGUGUCCCGCAAGCACCAGCGGCCCUCCGCCGACGUCAGAUCCACGCGACCGACCGCUCUCCCCUCCCAUGACGGCUUCCAGCAUCGCGUCAUCCGUGAUUCAGCACACCGAACCGCCGCCGCCAGACGAACCCAACACCCUCGAGAUGCUACAGCGCACCGCCAACAACGUCCUCAACAAUGCCUCCCAGGGACUCCUAACAAGCCGCCUAAUUGACGACCACAGACCCAAUGACGGCAAGGAUCCUUAUUACAAGCACCGCUGCAGGUACUGCGGCAAGGUGUUCGGCAGCGACUCAGCUCUCCAGAUCCAUAUCAGGUCCCACACUGGGGAGCGUCCCUUUAAAUGUAAUAUCUGCGGUAACAGAUUCACAACGAAAGGAAACCUUAAGGUUCAUUUUCAGCGUCACGCGGCAAGGUUCCCUCACGUCAAAAUGAACCCGCACCCAGUACCCGAACACCUCGACAAGUUCCACCCGCCGCUGCUGGCCCAGCUGGGGGAGCUAAAGGAAUUUCCAUCUCCCCCUACAGGGCCACCAAACCCCUUCACUUCCCUCCCCGGCGGCCCCGCCCUACCCCCUUACCGCCUGCCCGGACCUCCACCAUCUCUCGAUCACCUCCACCGACCUUUCAACCUUUUGAACCUGGCAAGACAGGGGCGGGAGGACGAGCCAGAGAACCUGACUGUUUCGGAGCCGCGUUCUUCGCCAGACUCGCUAGACCCAAAUUUCAAACCCGAAAAAUUAGAUUCAGGCAGAAUGGACGUGGACGAGGGACUGAGAUCGCCGCACUUCGAUGUCAAAAACGACACGAACGACCACAGUAGCGUGGUGGACAUGGGAGAGGAGAGUCAGGCCAGUGACUCUGCCUUCAAGAACGAUAAGCUGUUCAACGUCGAUAAAAGAUUUGAUCAAGAGAAAACCUUUGAAAGUGAGAAGGACUACAACGAAGAUAAGAGUCUUGAGGGCGAAAGGAGGUACGAAGAGGACAAUCGAAGCAGCGAGGAGAAGGCACUCGAUGAAAUCAAGAAGAUGAGCGAUGAAGCCAACUUCGAGGAAGAGUCCGCCUUUGGCAAGAAGUAUGAGGAGGACAAGUUUGAAGAGGACAAAUUCGAGGGGGACAAAUUCGAGGGGGAAAACAAGUUCGAGGAGGAAAACAAGUUCGAGGGAGACAAGUACGAGGGUGAGAAAUACGACAACGACUCCAACUUCGAGAGGGAGAGCAGGCUGUCCAAAGAAAGUUUUCUCGAUUCUCAGGAGAUGCGAACCUUGAUGGAGAAGAAGAGCCCCGAGAGGGACCUCAGCGCUGACCAGACACCUCUCGACAUUCGUGUUCGAACUGAACGCGAACUCAAAGACUACAAUGAAGGAAACGGCGGGGGAAACGUAAGUGGCGGCGGCAGCAGCGGAGGCGGCGCCAGUGCCGCCAAGGAGGAGCAGGACAGAGACAGCAGCGAUUCCCGAUCCGUCACCUCUGAGCAGCCGACGGAUCUCAGGAUGCGGCCAGACUUUCGUCCGCUGGGAAUGCCGACCAUCCCCUUCUCGGGUCCCAGAAUGCCCCUUAACUUCCCUUUCCUCCCUGGACUUCCUACCUCAUUCCCAGCCCCCAUGGGCCCUCCACCGAACAUAACGGCGGUGCCCCCUGGCAUCGACCCCGCCAAGGACCCUAAUAUCUAUACCAACCUCUUGCCCAAGCCAGGCAGCAACGACAACUCGUGGGAGGCGCUCAUCGAGAUACAGAAGACGAGCGAAACCAUGAAACUUGAGCAGCUCGUGAAUAACAUCGAGAACAAACUGACGGAUCCAAAUCAGUGUGUGAUUUGUCACAGAGUUCUUUCGUGCAAAUCAGCCCUCCAGAUGCACUACCGCACCCACACUGGCGAGCGGCCCUUCAAGUGCAAGAUUUGUGGGCGAGCUUUCACCACCAAAGGAAAUCUCAAGACCCACAUGGGUGUGCAUCGUGCCAAGCCGCCCAUGCGCAUGUUGCAUCAGUGUCCGGUGUGCCACAAGAAAUACACCAAUGCGCUGGUGUUGCAACAACACAUCCGUCAGCACACGGGAGAGCCCACAGACCUCAGCCCCGAGCAAAUCGCCGCCGCCGAAGUGAGGGACUACCCACACUUGCACACCCCCACCUCCCUGCCACAGAUGAUGCCUUCUGGCUUCCCGCUCCCCCCGCCGCCCCUCCAAGGCUUCCCGCCACUUCCUCUCCAUUUGCGAUUCCAGCUCUCACCGGAGGCCAUGCGGCACCGCGAGAUGAUGGAGAGCGAGGAGCGCGGCACGGAGGACGACAAGUACCUGCGGCCUUUCAGCACCUCGUCCAGGUCCUCCUCGACGGGAAGCGCAGAGCAGCGCACGGCAGAGGACCUCACCAUGAGGGCCCGGGAAGACUCCUUCAACGGCAUGACAUCCCCACGAGUAUCUGUGUCGCCCACACCCUCAGAUUACUCCGAUAUUGGUGAUCGAUCUCACGACGCCCCAGGCGGCGACAGCCAAGUGUCACCGUCUGAUCAGCAGCAAGCGCUGGGAAGCGCUGUCAGCCCCGCCGUCAGCACUGGUAGCCAGGAUGGUGGAGUCUCACUCCCGCUGGACCUGGUGUCCCGCCCACACCCCAACCUCUAUUCUCCCUUCGGCCUCUUCCCACCGCCCCUCACCACCGCUGCCAUGACGCCGAGCACACACAGCCUGCCAGGACUCAACCCGCUCUUCCUGCCCAAUGUUCCAGGUCGAGGUAACACCACGUGCCAGCUGUGCUUCAAGACCUUUGCGUGUCAGUCUGCAUUGGAGAUCCACUACCGCUCACACACCAAGGAGCGGCCCUUCAAGUGCUCCAUCUGUGACCGAGGCUUCUCCACUAAGGGGAAUAUGAAGCAGCACAUGUUGACCCACAAGAUUCGUGACGGCUGUCGUGACCUUCCACAAGACGGCGCCUCCAAAGCCAACGGCACCAGCGUCUCCACCCCGGACACCUCCUCCUCCAUCUCGCCCUCCCUCACCUCGCCCUCUCCCCUCUCACUCCCAGCUUCCUUAGUCACCUCGCUCCCUGCAACACUGGCCUCCCCUCUCCCCUCAUCACUUCACUCUCCGCUCCCAACUUCCCUACAUUCUCCCCUCGCUACCUCCUUACACUCGCCUCUCGCCACAUCUAUCCACUCCCCGCUACCCACGUCCAUCCACUCCCCUCUCCCACCCUCCCUCCCUCCGGCCGUGGCUGCUGCGCUCCUCCACCAGGCGAGGGAGGAGGAUAAAAUGGUGGACUUCAGAGUGAAGAGAGAAAGGGAGGGAGAGAAUAUGCUGCCGGUGCCCAAGCGAGCCUCGGGCCCCGGGUGCGAGGGUGAAUUGUUAGAAGGAGCACCUCCCGAGGCAGAGGCUCAGCCCACUCCUGACGCGGCCCCGUGUCCCUCUCCUGCCCCCGAAGUCAUGCCAUUGACACGCACGUGAUCUCCGCCACUCCUAGACGACUGAGGUGGUCCACGGCCCCGUCAGUAGCCGGCCCCUGUGCUAUCCCGAGUGACCAGGCCAGCCUCGCCACCCUCCCGCCGUGCGCCGCGACGCCUCCACUCCGGCCACCGACACAGUGUGAUGCACAGCGCAGCUCGGCGUCGUGUGGGGGCCGUUGGAGGCACGGAGGACGGCGGUCAGACUGUGCACUCUGGGAGGACAAAAAUUUGACGGUGGUGGCAGAUGUUUAGCUGCCAUGACCCUCCGUGACCAAGGUGGACCCCUCCCCCACCCCUCCUCCCGCCCCAUGAGCGGCGGCAGCAGCAGAAGCGUCGCGCCGACAGGGUGACUCCUGCUUCCAAAGUGCAAAGAUCUCACCUUCGCGUCGCUGGAAAUCCCCAGUUUCGUUUCAUGUGUUAUUUCAUGUGUCAACCAAGAGAAGUGACUCGCCUCAGAGCGUCCACCCGGGGCCCGCCUGACCGCCCCUCGUGCACCACCUUAGUUCCUCUCACUCUAGUCUCCCGUCCCGCUUGGUUGGAUCCUCAGCCCCGCAGCCCCGCAGCCACGGCCAGACAUUCUAUCCGCCGCAAUCCCCCGCAGGACUCAUCACCGCACGCCAGGGCGAGGCGAGGCCAGGCCAUGCCGGCUGAGGCUGGGACUCAUGCCUCCGCGGCCCGGCAUGAAGCCAGGCACCGGGGAAAUAUGUGACCCUGCCUGACCCCCGCGGUCCGGAAGUGAUGUCACAAGCGCUAUCUUUGGGAAUGGGCAUUUCUUAGACAAACCCUGAACUCUGUGAUACUCUAGUUGAUUUUUCCUUGUUACUGGGGUAGAUUUGUGCGUCAGCCUGAAGCAGCCAUCGGACACACCAGCGCCCCACGCGAUGAGACUGACUGACUCCCACAAACUUGAGUGUCCCUCCGCACACCUCCAAGGUGCUGCUGCACACCUGCGCGCGAACAGUGAAUUGUGAAAGUAAGGCAUGUGGAGGGCGGCGAUGCCAAGCUGCUCCUGUUACACGGCAAGGUACAUAAUGGCCGUGACAGAUUCUCUCUCUCUCUCUCUCUCUCUCUCUCUCUCUCUCUCUCUCUCUCUCUCUCUCUCUCUCUCUCUCUCUCUCUGCAACAAACAGUGCAAUAUUGGCCAGCGCGUCGGCAACAGGCGGCGGUGCCCUUUACGAUGCCUCCUCCUCCAGGUGGCCAAGGAUUCCAAGGGCAAAGGCGGCCAGCAAACGUGUGUGCGUGUUCAGCGGGGUCUCGUGGGGUCGCUGCUGCUGCACACCAAACCCACCCGCACCACCCACCCACGCCAUCACUACCCACACCACCCACCACCUUCCCUGUAUCAGCCGGAAUGUUGUUGUGUUGUGUCCCUUCCCCUCCCUCUAUCUAUCCAUCCAUCCAUCCAUCCAUCCAUCCCCAUCUUCUCCACCUCCCCGGUCGUGUGUGCGUGUAUGUGUGCGCGUACGUACGUGCGUGUGCGUGAAUCUCUUGACCUGGCGUCGUGUUAUUACCGGGACGCAAACCGGCGAGGCUGAAGGGAAGGAAGGCGCUGCAGGUCGUGUGUCCUCUCAACAUAUCCCGCGCGAGGGAGUCGGAAGGGUCAGUCGGUGUUCUGAGAGAAAACAAACAAAAUACAAACCAAGAGAAGGCUGAAUUGCGCUGCUGAAAACUUGGAUAUCUUUGUCCCCACCCCCUCUCGUCUUACCCUUACUCCCUCCCCUUGUCCGCUGCCACCUUCCGACACACACACACACACACACACACACACACACACACACACACACACACACACACACACACACUACUCAUCUCCCAUCCACCUCAUUCCACUUCAUUCAACCCCACACCACCUCAUUAUCACAUCGAACCAAGCCUCCAUCCUCUCCUCUUUCCGGGACAGUCCUCACAUUAAACACUCACUCACUCACACACGCACACACACAUACACAUACACACACACACACACACACACACACACACACACACACACACACACACACACACACGAGUGGCAUUGGUUGGACUUAUUAGGUGAUGACUAAAAAAGAAGCCCUUACCUUUACCACCAGUGUCACCACCACCACCACCACCCCUGGACAUGGUCACACCGUCAGCAGCCGCGGGAGUCUUCGGUUUACCUCAGUAGUUCGUGUCUGUGACAGCUACAGCAACAACAGCGAAGGACUCUUGCUGCCAUGAAAAAUAUAUAUAAAAAAAAAGAAUAAAAAAAAGAACCCUCGCACGGAAGUCAAACUUUCAACAUUUUGUACAAUUUUAAUGGAUUAUAGACGAUUACCGGUAGAUUUCUCGCUUUUUUAUGAGGAAAAAUAUAUAUAUGUAGUGUCCCUGUAAAAAAUAACGAUGUUUAGGUAAAAAAAGCCAAUAUGAUAUCACUUAAUAAGAUAUCGAUUCAUAUGUUGUAGAUAAUCAAGUCACACGUGGAAGGAGCCGAGGUUUGUAUAGCAUUAGAGCACACGCAUGCCUGUCCGCUGGCUAUUUAUCAUAUCAGAUCUCUAUGUGUACGUGUGUGGCGUAGAUGCUGGCACGAAGGGUCAAGGGAGCAGGUUAAGGAUGACGAUAAUAGAGUUAAGGUUUACCCGUAGACAUAGACGGCUUCACACACCAGCAACCUUUCUUUAAAAAUAACAAUAUAUAUGUAAAAAAAUAUAUAUAUACAUAGCUUCUUUUCCCUCCCUUCCUUAACCUCUCUCUCUCUCUCUCUCUCUCUCUCUCUCUCUCUCUCUCUCUCUCUCUCUCUCUCUCUCUCUCUCUCUCUCUCUCUCUCUCUCUCUCUCUCCAUCCUAGCCAGCCGUAGAGAGUCCCGCGGUUGAGACAUGACAAAAAGCCUCUCCAGAACCCUACUGGUCCCUGUUAUCCUCUCGGUCUCCCUCUCUAUCUCUCCGCCUCUCUUUACCUUCAACGUGCACGGAUCAGCGAGGCUCCCCUGGGUGUACGUCUGUGAUACGGCCGAGCUGACCGCGCACACAGUGAAGUCAUUCCAGUGUCAUGCUCAGCCACCGACCCGUCUGGCCCUCCCCUCCUUCCUUCCAGCCCUUCAUGUCUCUGCCUCAGUCUGCCCUCCAAUAGACCCCGUCAGUCACAGAAAAUGGACCCUCUCCUCCCUGGACUCCGGUGGAUCCUGGAACUUUUUUACCUUCCUCGUUUUCUUUGCCUGUCCCUCAUUUCCCCCGUUCUUCCCUCCUUCAUCUGUGUCUGUGGCGCGUCAGCCAUCUCCAGCCUCCUUAGACUCCUCCGAAGCUCCCUGUGUCGUUACUUGUACCGGAUCUAGAGAGUAAUCAUAUUAUUUUGAUAUCUGUGUGAGAACCUAACUCGCUAUCUGCACGUCUCGGCCCGGGAACAGAGGAGAAGCUAUUUUUGUACUAUUCUAUGAUAGCCGUUCCCGGGGUGAGACCUGCCUCCGCCUGCCCUGUAAUACCACGUGACACACCGUGAGCCGCGUCGCUCUAGUUGUAAUAAAGCCAGUUUGUCAGCAGCAUCCUUCAUAAUUAAAAGAGUACCAUUGUA